UGUGUAACAAUACCAUAACGAAUUUAUAAGGAAAUUGUCUCCUAGCGUGCAAAAGUAUUUUAUUAAAUAGUUUUCCUUUUAACAAAAAAGAUUACGCGAGCACUUGAUGUUCUCAUACUAAGUUGAGUUGGACACUUGGAGUGCGCGUGAUCCAACGCGAUAAAAAAGGAUAAAAAUAAUCGAGUUGACUCCUUUAGUACGUAGUAUAACAAUGGACACAAAAUACACACUUAUCGGGGAACAGAAUUAUAAAUUACCUGUUUUAGGACGACAGUUGCUAGUGUGCCUGUCGGCAUGCGUGUACUCCUUCAUGCUGGGGCUGAGCUUCGGGAGUCCCACGGUGGCCGUGGCCCAGCUGAGGGCAAGGGCGAACUCAACCGCCGCAGUCAGCAGGGAAAUGGGCUCUUGGAUAGCAUCUGCAACCGGCUUUGUCGCAAUCCCGACGGUGGUCAUCUCGGUCAUCGUUGUACAUCACUUCGGGCGCAAAAAAGUAUUUAACUACGCGACUGUAGUUAGUUUCGUCUCCUUUACAAUAUUUUAUUGUAGCAAAAAUGCUACGCAUAUUCUUGUAAGCAGAUUAUUUUGUGGAGUUCUAGCUGGCUUGUUGAUGUCAAUGGUCCUAAUGGUCAUGACUGAGAGCAUGACGCCAAGAUAUAGGGGUUUAUUUUUUGCUUUCAAAUCAGCUUCUGUGAAUUGGGGUAUCUGGUGUUCCAAUACGAUAGGAACAUUCUGUCCUUACAAUUACAUUGGCAUAGUUGGGAUAUCAUGUUCAAUAAUUAAUUUUUUAAUAACAUUUGUCAUGCCAGAAACUCCAUUCUGGCUUGCAUCAAGGGGCAGAUAUGAAGAAUGCGCAGCAGCACACCGAUGGUUGAAAGGGGCCGACGAGGAUGCCGAGAAGGAGUUGAAAGCGAUUAUUGAAAGUUCCCAAAAAGAUGCCAAAGAGUCAACACAAACACGCAAAUCUCUGUUAACUACAGUUAAAGAAUAUUGGACGAUAAUAGUAUAUCAACCAUCGUUUUACAAACCUGUCUCUAUAGGAUUCAUAAUUCAAAUUAUGCAUGUAGCUUCGGGAAAAAUGGUUCUUACUAUGUAUGCAAUUGAAAUAUUAGGAAAAGUUACAAAAAAUAAAACUACAGCUCACUAUUUUAUGUUGAUAUUGGAUGGAUUUAGUGUGUUAGGCAUGUAUAUGGGCUGUUUUUUAGCAAAACGCUUAAAACGAAGAACUAUGUUCUUAUGUUCAUCCACAUUAUCCGCAAUACUGAUGUUUGCGGUGUCAUUUUAUUUGUAUUUGAUUAAAUUCAAAAUACUGUCUGAAAAUAAUAUAAUUUUUUUAAGCAUUUUGGUUUUAUAUUCGUUAGUUACAUGUUGUGGCCCCAUUCUUUUGUUUAGCGUUAUUUGUAGCGAAUUGUUUCCAUUAAAAGGUAGAAGUUUUGGAGUGAUAUUAUCAGGUGUGAAUAAUAGUGCACUUUUUGCAUUAAGUGUAAAAUUUACACCGUAUUUACUUUGGGCUAUUGAUACUGAAAAUACUUUUCUAUUUUAUGCAAUUUUUUCUAUCACAUGCAUUUUUUUAGCAUAUAAAUAUCUGCCAGAAACUAAAGAUAAAACAUUAAAUGAAAUUGCGGCCCUAUUUCAAUAA